GGGUGGUGGUGGGCUUUAUGGGGAGGGCUAGCCUCGCUGAGAAGCGUUCCAGUCGGGUCGAGAGACACGGGCGAUGGGGUUGAGUGUUAAGGUCGAGGCUAGCGGAUAAGCGAGUGGUGAAUAGGUUGAUGCGCCUGCUUCUUAGGUGUCAUGGAGAGGCCAGGCUCUGAGGCAGGUGUUUUACACUCAUCUUCAGGGUAGUCCGGUGCGGUGGUGCUGCGAUUAGCUUCAUUGCAGACCUUGAACAAGCAACAGAGAGGUGGACAGGUGUCCCAAAUUACAUGACUGCAGAACCUGGAAAAGCUGUUGCCGCUAUUGAUACCUCCAUCCAGCAGGGCAGGAUGGCCAUGUCCCAGGAAUCACUGAGCUUCAGGGAUGUGUUUGUGGACUUCACCCUGGAGGAGUGGCAGCAGCUGGACUCAGCUCAGAAGAACCUCUACAGGGAUGUCAUGCUUGAGAACUACAGCCACCUGGUGUCCGUGGGGUAUCUAGUUGGCCAACCAGAUGCGAUCAGCUUGGGACAAAGAGAAGAGGCCUGGGGGGCAGACAGAGGAACCCAGAUGAGGAGCUGUCCAGGUGAGCACACACCAGAUGUAUCCAUUUUUGCCUCAUGUAUUUUGAAGUGCUGUUAUUAGAAGUCUGGCAAGUUGAUGGGUGGAUAGAUAACGACAAGGAAAGCCAAGACAACCCCCCAUGACAAGCUGCAUUCAGAGACAAGGAAAUACUGAAGGAUGAAAGGGGCUACGAAUGCAGAACGUGCAGAAAAAUCAUGUAUCUGAGCACAGACUUUGUCUAUAUAAGACAAAGACUCCCUAAAUAUCAUUCAUGGAGAAGGUACUCAACAUAAUUUAAACUUUCUUAGUCAAAACAAAAGCUAUGUAAGAAAGAUAAUGGGUGUAAGUCAUAUUGAAAAUUAUGCCUCCACUCUAAUCUUGAUAAAGCUAAACCUGCAGAGAAAUUCUUUGAAACCCAUCAACAAGGAAAAACUCUCCACCAUAAGGAAGCUUUUAAUCAAAGGUAGAGAAUUCAAGGUGGAGAGAAACUCUAUGAAUGUGGGAAGAUAUUUAUCCAGAAAGCAUGCCUUGUGCAUCAAAGAAGUCACACUGGAGAGAACCCUUAUGAAAGCUUCAGCCAAAAGUCAACCUUUGGACGCACAGAAUUGAAAAGCCCUACGAAUGCAAUGAAUGUGGGAAAAUCUUUAUCCAGAAGGCACCACUCAUUAAACAUUAAAAGAUUCAUACAGGGGAGAGACUUUAAAAGUAUUAAAUGUGGAAAAUCUUUCAGUGUAAGAUCAACUCUCAUUGUACAACUCAGAACUCCCACAGGAGAGAAGUCCUGUGAAUGCAGAGAUUGUGGCAAAGCCUUCAAGGGAAAGACCUCUCAUUAAACAUCAAAGAAGUCAUUUAGGAGAUAAAAUGUAAAACCCAUGAAUAAACCUUUAAGUAAGAGAACUGUCCAUUAGUUAUAUGUUGUCAUAGUGUGCAUCCAACAAUUCAUUCAAAAUAAUUUUGUAAACCAUGAGUCAGCCUUCAAAGAAUUGCUCAGCCUUCAUUAGAUUUAGGAAAACUUAAUGUUAUAAUAUUCAAAACAUGGAAUAAACAUAAAUUCUUCACUCAGAAGUUGUAAUAUACUAUUUAUUAAAGAAUUUUAUGGAGGGUCAAAAUCAUAAAUGUAGUAAAUGUAUAAUGCCUUUGAAAA